AUGGGGCAGACCAAUGGAACCUCUUGGAGGGGUUUUGUCUUCCUGGGCUUCUCCAGCUUUGGAGGGCUACAGCUCCUGCUUUUUGCCUUGUUCCUCUCUCUGUAUCUCAUUACCCUGACUAGCAAUGUCUUCAUUAUCAUAGUCAUCAGACUGGACAGCCAUCUGCACACCCCUAUGUACCUGUUCCUUGCCUUCCUAUCCUUUUCUGAGACUUGCUACACCCUGGGCAUCAUCCCUAGGAUGCUUUCUGGCCUGGCUAUGGGGGGCCAGACCAUCUCCUACGUGGGUUGUGCUACACAGAUGUUCUUCUCUGCCUCAUGGGCUUGUACUAACUGCUUUCUCCUGGCUGUCAUGGGCUUUGACAGAUAUGUGGCCAUCUGUGCCCCACUGCACUAUGCCAGCUGCAUGAAUCCGACCCUCUGUGCCCAGCUGAUUGGUACCUCCUUCCUGAGUGGAUACCUUUUUGGGUUGGGGAUGACACUAGUCAUUUUCCGCCUCUCAUUCUGCAGCUCCCAUGAAAUCCAGCACUUUUUCUGUGACACACCACCCGUGUUGAGCCUAGCCUGUGGUGAUACAGGUCUGAGUGAGCUGGGGAUUCUCAUCCUCAGCCUGUUGGUCCUCUUAGUCUCUUUCUUCUUCAUCGCUAUCUCCUAUGCCUAUAUCCUGGCAGCAAUCCUAAGGAUCCCCUCUGCUGAUGGAAAGAAGAAGGCCUUCUCCACCUGUGCCUCACACCUCACUGUGGUCAUUAUUCACUAUGGUUGUGCCUCUUUCAUGUACUUAAGGCCCAAAGCCAGCUACUCUCUUGAGCGGGAUCAGCUUAUUGCUGUCACCUAUACUGUGGUGACCCCUCUCCUCAAUCCCAUUGUGUACAGUCUAAGGAACCGUGCUGUGCAGACUGCUCUGAGAAAUGCUUUUCGAGGGAGUUUGCUGGGUAAAGGAUGA